GAUAAAAUGAAUAGCAGCAAAAUUAUUUCAGUUCAGUUUGAUAAGUUUGAGUUGUCACUUCAUGUUAAAUGGACACUAAAAAGCAGAUCCACAAGAUUGCCCCUAGAGUAUUUCUGCCAAAGGAAUUAUUAGAAAAAUGUUCGAGAUGUGGGAAAUACUUAUCGGUUGGGCCUAUAAAAUUGGAGAAAAAUAAACCUGUUUGUGGCAGAUGCUUCCAAAUAGAAGGAAAUCCGUUACCAGCAUACGAAAAUUUAGCCCAGUUCAUGGUUUUUCCGUGUGUCAACGACGUGCACGGUUGUGAUGCUACAUUAGCAUGGGGAUCUGUUGCAUCGCACGAGAAGAGUUGUCAAUUUUCUCCAUUAGAAUGCCCAGCGUUAACGUGUGAAAAAAAAAUUGAAUCCAAAGAAAUAAUCGAACAUUUCCAAGAGGAACAUCAAGAUCUCCUAAUCACCGGUAAUCAGUUCAAUAUUCCUUGUAGUUACGGUGGUGUCAACGAAUAUGUCAAUAUGCUGGCAUUGUGGAAGAAAAAGCCUUUGAUAGUGAAAAUUAAUUAUUCUAAUAAUUGUUGUUUCUGUAAUAUUUUGACACUGUCCAAGGCUGAACAGUUGAAAUACAGUCUCUUCUUAGAAGACAAUAAAAAGCAACAAAGUCUUCAAAUAAAAAAUAUAUCUUUAUCACAGUACAGGAUCAAACAUCAUGAUAAUCUGACUAUGACAAAAAUCGACGUAAUUGUCGUGAAGAAAGUUUUAAAUUCAGAAAACGUGAUUUGUACCUUCAACAUAUCAACAGAAUCACAAAACGACACUCCACUCAACACAAAUCUUUUGUUAGAAUUGGAAUGCCCCAUUUGCACAAAUUACAUGAUACCUCCAAUAUUUAUGUGCGCUAUAGGGCAUAGUUUAUGUGGUAAUUGCAAGCAAAACAUCUCGAUGUGUCCAUCAUGCAGAAUUGAGUUGAAGGAUAACAGAAACUUUUCUUUAGAAAAAGUUACAGAUCACGUCUUGUUUCCUUGUAAAUUGAGAGAAUAUGGUUGUUUUUUUGUGGGUAAAAUCAAAGAACUGAAUGCACAUGAGUUGAUUUGCCAAGCUCUGGAUACAACUGAAACUGAGUGUUACAUCAAGUAUUUAUCACCUUGUAAUUGGAAAGGAAGACAUUCAGAAGUAAUUUCCCACAUAACGAAAAUGCAUUCGAAAUAUUUUUUUGACAUCAAUGAUUUUAUAUAUUUUGAUUUGAGUAUAUUUGAAAAACUGAAUGUCUUUGCUGGGAAUGGAGGAAACUGUUUCAAAUUGUGUGUAAUUUUUACCACGAACAGCUUCAAAUUUUGCGUCAAAUUAAUUCAAAACAAGUUAAGAAAUUACGAGCAGUGUCGUUACUUCAUUGAUUUUACGGAUCUUAAUGGAUAUGGACGAGUUUUAUUGUUGGAUGGAGAUUGUAUUCCUUCGUCAGCCAAUGAUGACAAUAUGAACGAUUGUUUGAAUAUACCUUACUCGUUAGUAAAACCCUUUGUGAGACUGAACAACCUUCAGUUCAAAAUAAAUAUAAUGGCCAUUUAUCACAGUGAUUUAUAUAUUUGAGAAAUCCCUUCGAAG